GCUGAAUGUGACUCUUCCUACCAAUAUUUUUUUGCCAAGUAAAAGAGCACAUUUAUGAGAAAUCUAGAAAGUUUUAACAAAAAAAUGUUUUCCCUGUGACCAUGAUAUGAACAUAAAUCCUAUGCACUGUUAACAAAUUGAAAAGGUCAGAUGAAGAUCCAUUAAAAUUUCAAAGGAGAAAGGAUCAUCAGUCAGAAAAAAUCCCAGAAGAGAAGAAAACCCAAGUGGGGAUUAAUGAAAAUGACUAGCAAGAAAAAAGAUCAUUUCAAGCAUUAAAUGUAUUCCUACCCAGUUUUUUAUUAUAAUCUUCGCCGGCUUCAAAUCUUGAACCCUACAAAAGCCGGCUGCUUGAGGAAAUUGGAAGCGAUCCAAUGAGGAUGAAGUCAUGAAUUGAGCUAGUGUGAACUCCAAGUUUAUGGGGCUGCAAGCUAUAUUAAAAUAGUAAACUGUUCAAGUGAUUUGAUUGUAGUUGAUGCACGAUUAUGCUUGUUUAGGUUUGGUCUGUGGAGGCUAUAAAUACCAAUGGAUGUGAGGUGAAUUGGGCAAUGGUGAUCUUUGGUUCUUAGUUUUGAAGAAGAGAAAAGGGGCAUUUGGGAUUUGUGUUUUCAAGGUUUAGACAUGGCUACUGAAUUGCCUUCUGCAGAAAUUGGGGCCUUGACCAGUAAUGGCAAUAAAAAUGGUGGUAUUGUCAGGGGUUUUGAUGAUGGAAAAGGUGUUGCUGUAGGGGAUUUGGAAGUGGGUGUAAGCCCAAGUCGUGUUCCUCAGAGCUCCGCAUCUUUCAUGCCUUCUUCUAAGUUUAUCAAGAAGGUGGGAGCAGAAAUCAUAGGCACAUUUUUCCUGAUGUUUGCAGGAUGUGGGUCUGUUGUAAUCGAUAAGAAGAGCAAUGGUUCCAUAACACAUCUUGGGGUAUCACUUGUUUGGGGGAUGGCAGUGAUGAUCAUGAUCUAUGCUGUUGGUCAUAUCUCUGGGGCUCAUUUCAACCCUGCUGUUACCUUGGCCUUCGCAACUACAAGAAAAUUUCCAUUAAUCAAUAUUCCAGGAUACUUAGGAGCCCAGUUACUGUCUGCAAUAGUUGCUGGAUAUGUUCUCCGGUUGCUGUUUGGAGACAUAGCACACAUGGCAGCAACUUUACCAACAGGAUCAGACAUGCAGUCGUUUGUUUUUGAAAUUCUGAUAACAUUUCUCUUGAUGUUUGUGGUUUCUGCAGUGGCCACAGAUACUAAAGCGGUGGGAGAAAUGGCAGGAUUGGCUGUUGGAACUACCAUAGCUAUGAAUGUUCUUAUAGCCGGACCAAUAUCAGGGGCAUCAAUGAACCCAGCAAGAAGCAUAGGCUCUGCUGUAGCAGGGAACAAAUACACAAGCUUUUGGAUAUACAUGACAGCCCCCAUUAUUGGUGCAAUUGCAGGGGCUUUAGCAUAUGACCUGAUUCGCCUCAGUAAUAGGCCAGUACAUGAGGUUACCAAGAGUGGGUCCCUCCUAAGAAGUCUUCGCUCAAGAUCAUCAAUCCAUUAGCACAAUAUGUUAAGAUCAUAAGUGCCUCUAAUUCAAGCCCAACUGUGUUAAACUUAAUUUGGGUACCAGCAGACUUGUGAAAAUGACCCUGUUCAAUAAUAAUUAUAUAUAUGUAAGUUAGUUUCACCGGCUUUUCAAGCUUUUAAAGACUGGGUCUGGCUUGCUAACCAGACUCAGGUCCUGUAGCAUUGAAGAAGUUUAAUGCUUGGAUAGCUGGUUUAUUUUGACUUAAAUUUGAUAGAGUGAAGUGUACCCAUCAUCUGCAGUAAUAAACUCUCACCUGCAACAAAUUAAUGUCUGUCAAUUGGAUUGAUAUAUAAAUAUAUAUGUAUUGAAAUAUAUAUUGAAAGAACGAGAUUAAAUGUCAA